AUGGGUUCGCAGUUGGAACCACCGGCUCCGGCGUCAUCUCAUUUGGAGAAUGGUUCGGUAGUCACUCGCGAGUCGAAUAGUUCCAAGCGGAAAGAGCGUGCUCGGGGGAGUUUAUCGGAGCGCUCGUCGUAUAUGUCCGGGGAGCGUCCAUCGCGUACCCCCAAACGACCCGUUUACGACGAUGCGCCUGUUUCGGAUGACAAUCAGGAUGCUCUGGUAAUGCUAUUUCGUCUGUCCAUCCCCGUGCCGAUCGUCGCGUUCGCUACCUCCUUGUAUACCAUAUUCGGACUCCUUUUUGCGAUCCUCGUUUCUCCCCUUCGUCUCUGUCCUCCGACUGCAUACCUUAAAGAAACAUCGUUCCGGACACAGAUUUGCGAUCUGUUGACCCCUGCAUUACAUGUGCACGAACGCUUAGUCGGUCCGAAACCGUCCCCUCGUCGCUCCUCCAGCCAGUGGGUCUACGAUGACGACCCUGACACUUCAACUUCGUCGCCGCCGCCUGAGGACCGCAGCCAGGCCUAUUCCGUUGGUGGUUUGAUCAUUGUGCUUUUGCUGUCGCCAUUCUUGUCUCUUGCAUUGCUUCUGACUGUGUGGAUUGCCGCAUCUUUUUGGAUAUUCGCCAUGGUGUUGGGCAAUCCCGAUGGCACAGAACGCAGAGACGACGGUCGGGCCGCGGUCCUCGGAGUCUGUCGAUGGUGGCAGAAAUGGUUAGGCAAGGCGCGAAGGAAAUCUCGUUGA